UACGGACCGGAAGACGAUGCGAAGUGAACGGAAACGCCAGUGAGCCACGGCAGUAGCGAGCAAAGACAUACAAAAGAUCCUGGUUCGCUGCUUUGUACAAGGUUCAUGCAUGCGCGGAGUCUUGGGCGUUCGUUGCGGUUGUUCUUGAACAAGACAAGGUGGCAAGGAAUGUUGAUAGCUGGUUGCUUCACUAACGCGCGAACAUCAUGUGUAUACUUUCACGCGAACACUGCAUACACCCGCUCGAUGAACAAUCCCCUAGUGUCGUGGAUAGGGUAUAAUGGCAUUGACUGGAAGGAUACGAGUACAUUAGAAGGUGUCAGUAUUCCACUGGGCUGUUCGAACUCGUUGUGAAGAGCGCCGACGGCGAUACAUCAUCCAAUCUCGUGGGCUUGCUCAAACUUGAGCUCAUGUAUUCUCUGCCACUUUGUGCGCCCCCCCCC